AUGGGUAUCCGCGACCGCAUGCAAGCACGUCAAGAACGUCGCCAAGAGCGCCGUGAAGAGGAGGAAGAAGAUGAUGGCCCCAAGGUCUAUGCAAUGCGCGAAAAGUUACUUCUGGGCCUUGGAGAUGACUUUAACAUCAACAAAAUGCAUCGUCGCCGUGGCAUGGGUGAGACUGCCUUUAUUGCCAACAACAAGGUGUUGCGCCUUCGUGAAACCUUCAACCUUCAGACUAGCGAUCACGAAACCUUGUAUCAGAUUCAGGAACGCAAGCUGAGAGCCCGUGAUGCCAUGGCCAUUGAAGAUGCAGAUGGCAACAAGGUUGCAGAGAUUAAGAAAAAGGUGCUUGGUCUUCUCCGUGACAACUUUGUGGUCAAGGUGCGUGACGACACUGAUUGGGCCAUCAAAGGAUCCAUCCUGGAACAUGACUUUACCAUUGAGGAGGAUGGCAAUGAAAUAGUGAAGGUCCACAAGAACUGGAUUGCUCCUGUCCGUGACUGUUACUAUAUUGAGAUUAGUGAAGGAGUGGAUGAAGGUUUGGCUCUUUGUGUUUGCAUUGCCCUGGAAAGCAUGACAUCAGGCGAUGACUAA